AUGUUGGAUAUAAAGCUCGGCGCAAGUCCGAACAAUCCCUACGCCUGGGAUUUCCCCGACGAAGAUGGGAGGUUUCCGAGUGAACCGUUCGAUGAAUUGGGGUCCAUCAGUUUUGUGCUGCAUUGCAACUAUAUUGCAGCAACACUUAUUGGAGGGGUGUUGUCGUUUUCGCUGCUGUAUUUGGUCAUCUUCCAUACUCAUGGAGCGUUGCGAAGUUAUCGAAAGAUUUUGUUGCUCUGCUCGUUCACCGACAUCUCUUAUUGGGCGGUGGACAAUAUUAUUCAGACGGUAGGCAUUUAACCUUAUUCUCUUAUUUGAUAUUUAUAUAACCAUACGGCUGCAGAGUCUUAUGCCGGUCCUCAUUGGCAAUCACAAAAAAAAGAAAAACUUGUCCGCUUUCCGAGAAAUCUGAAGCUUACAGGCGGCUAACCUAUUUACUUAUAUACUUUUCUGUAUUUGAGCGCCCGCUUGUGAAGAAUUCCGCUAUGAACAUAAACUCUGAAGAAUUGUAUAUCCCCCAUAUCACCUAAAAGAUAACGAACACUCUAUCGCAACAAAAAUCGCAUAGCCGCCGAAAAAAUGAAUUGUCCAAAUUGUCUUCCACUUCAGCACAACGACAUUGUGUUUAUUAUUUUCCCGACAGACUGAUGAUGACCAUAAAGGGAAGCCGGUGUUAUCCUUCGCCAAAAAGCGGCUAAAAAAAUAGAAGCAUUUUUUAAACAUAACCAAAAAGUCAUUUUACAUUGCUUUAGGCAAUUUUCGAGGAAGGCUACCUUGGUUAUUUUCCAGUUAAAUUCCAUCAAUAAAUCAUCAAUUUCUAACACUUUGAUAAUUUAUUUUUCACAUGCAGCAGUUCUUCUCGCAAUCUCCCAAAAAAAUAUUAUUUUCAGAAGCUAAAAGAAAAGGACGGAGUUUUCAUGGUAGCCAUGGAAGGUCCUAUCAAACAUUGCAGCUACCAAUCUCGUCUGAUCUUCCUCUCGAUAUACAUUGGCUUAAUUUCAAUGGUGAAUAGCGUACUUCCGGCGCAGGUCUACUUUCGCUACUACGCGUUGACACGGUAUGAAGUGCUGUGGAUAUUCCAACGGCUUUUUUCAGAACACAACCGUUGACUACGGCAAAGACGAUUGGUUUGUUUUCGGUUUCGGUGGGCGUUUCCGUUGUCUGCUCCAUUCUUUCCUUCUUUGGGUAUGGAGGCUCAGCGGGCGUUCGACCGGAUUACAAUUACGGAGAGUUGUGGUACCGGGAGGUUCCGUUGCCGCCGGUCUUCUACGCGGAUGUGGUAAGCUCUACAGAGGCUUGUCCGUAAAUGCCAGGCCUUUUAAGAAACCAAAAAGCCAGCCUGUUCUUGUUUGUAGCUAAAAAAUUCUAACGACCUGACUUCAAACUCUUAACUUUUGCCCCUUUGACACAGUACAUCCUAUAAUCACACAUAUAUUACGAAGUGUUCCAAGAAUUAUGGAAAAAAAAAACUAUUCAUUAAUAACUCUGUGCUCGGUGGUCCAAUUCGAUUUUUUUUUUUGCAUUUUGCAGAAAAACAUCGGAGUUUUUAGAAUCAAAAAAAUUUUCUUUUAUCGGCGGAGACUUCCGUAAUCCGCCUUGAAUUCGGCGGAGUGUUUUUUUUCACAAAUGAGGCUGUAGAAGUGCGUUAAUUUUUUCCGCCGAUUUCUCCGCCGAAUUGUCUUUAUUUCUUCUCCCAGUCGGUCAAACACGUCGGUCAAAUAAGUCGUAUUUAGGCGCCAUGCCACCAGGGAUACCAUACGUUUUGGUUUUAGCCAAUUUUGACUCCCCAAAGUCGAAGAAAAAUCGUCCGCCGAGAUUGAAAAAUGUCUCCGCCGAAUCACAAAGAUUUGAAAUUAUAUCAGCCCCCAUAUAACGUCGGAGGCGCUGGGAGAAGGAGGGAGGUGGUCACCAAUCCAAAGUAAGAAGAGUAUAGGGUUUAUUGAGACGAAAUGAAGCACACACACACGACCGGAAUCCGGAGACAGAAAUUAAAUGAUAUUGGGAUUGUCUGUUGUAUUUAUUAUACCUCCGAGUUUAUUGAAAUUUCCUGGGAACUUGGGUUAGAACCCAACAAAAGGUUAUAUUGUAUCCUCUGAAACUUAAUGAAUAGUUUUUUCCAUAAUUCUUGGAACACCCUGUACCAAAAAUAUAAAAAAUGUGUGUACACUGUUUUCAGCGCUCCCAAAUACAAAAGGUCUACUUCUUCUAUGGCGGCGCUUUAGUCGCGUUAUCCUACCUUAUCGCCAUUGUAAUUGGAUAUAAGACCAUGAAGACAAUACGACGAUCGUACGUUUCGUUUUCCGGCAAAACGAGGCGACUUCAAGCUCAGCUCACCCAGUACCUCAUCGUGCAGGUAAGCAUUGGAGAAGCUGAAACCUAUUGCAGUCCGUCAUUCCACUGCUCGUCUCCGUCGUUCCAAUGAUGCUGCUGGUAGUCCCUCAAUACUUCUACAUUGACACUGGAAGAGCUUGCUUGUUUUACUCGGUGGCGUUCAGUUGGAUUCCAAUUAUCAAUCCGCUUAUAACAAUGGCUGUCAUCAUACCAUAUCGACGUUUGAUAUUGAGCAAGCUGUGCUGUGCAAAGCGGUCGUAUCAAGUCGACAGCACCGGACAUUUCUUUUCACGAUCCAACUAA